AUCAAACUUUCGCAAGAUGAAGAUGUUUUUGGCGUAUCUUAUAUUACUGGCGUUGUCUUACUACGCUGCAGCAUUGACUGAUUCAAGAGAGCUGACACAGGCAAGCAGUUACCUGACUGGAAAAUGGGAGAUGUGGUACAUCGCAAAUGACCUAAAUCAAGAUGGCGUGCUGUCGUUAGAUGAUGUUAAAGUAUUUGAAGUGUUUUACGCCAAAAUUGAUUUUCCUGAAGAUGAGCAACGUCACCCUACAUUCUCGACAAUAGAACGGUUAUGGAGAACCGCUCUCUUAGGUGGUCGGUCAGAAGUCUCGAAAAAUGAAUUUGUAGAAAUAUUGAAAACUAGUUAUGAAUCAAACAAAACCAACUUCGUUGAAACAAUGAGAGAAUUUGACAGGGCAUUUUUUGAAGUAAUUGACUUGAACGGGGAUAACUUCUUGUCGAAAGAGGAAUGCAUGUUGGACCUGAUGGCAACAAAUCAUAUGGACACGUUUAAAGAUGAAGAGUUUUUCAAUGCCCACAAGCUUGUCAAUGGACUUAUACCUUUUGAGGAGGAGAUAGAUGUGUGGCUACGCUUCCAAACUGAGGAUGAUACGUAAAAAACAGACAUUUUGGCAAACGUUCUCAAAUCUGGUCUCUAAGACUAAAACAUACAAUUACGCACUCUCCUAAAUAGGUUAAGUGAAAAUAAUCGUAAAGGUAUUAGACUCGUAAUGGCAGUCGGUAAUUCCCGUCCUUUUCCGUAUUCUUGUUUGGCGUUUCGGCAUUCUUCGAACAAUAGUUAGCUCAUAUGAGCUCUUGGCAAUCCGUUCAUACCGAAGAAUGCCGAAAUCGUAUAAGAAGAAUUUGUAAUGGAACGGAUGUUUCCGUUUAUCAUAACAGGUCCACUACCUACAUUUGACAUACUUUGCUCAUAUAAUAAAGCUUUAUUUUGCCCCAAUAUAUGUUUCCGUUUGUCAUAACAGGUCCACUACCUAAAUUUGACAUACUUUGCGCAUAUAAUGUAGCUUUCUUUUGCCCCAAUAUAUGUUUCCGUUUGUCAUAACAGGUCCACUACCUAAAUUUGUCAUACUUUGCUCAUAUAAUAAAGCUUUCGUUUGCCCCAAUACAUGUUUCCGUUUGUCAUAACAGGUCCACUACCUACAUUUGACAUACUUUGCUCAUAUAAUGAAGCUUUCUUUUGCCCCAAUAUAUGUUUCCGUUUGUCAUAACAGGUCCACUACUUAAAUUUGUCGUACUUUGCUCAUAUAAUGAAGCUUUCU